AUGGACCGGCUGCUCAACAUGCAGACGGCGCUAUCGCUGGGCUACGUGGGUGCGAUGGUGCUCGCUGCCCACCUCGCUUCGCGCGCGCUCCUCGCGCCCACCGCCACGCGCAAGACGCGCCUCGUCUUCCUCUGGCUCGCCUUCGACGCCAUCUGCCACCUCACGCUCGAGGGAUCCUUCCUCUACCUCUCGGUGCGCGGGCGCACCGUCAACGCAUCCCAAUCGUUCUUUGGCUUCCUCUGGCAGGAGUACGCGGCAGCCGAUGCACGAUGGGGCACAGCAGACCCUACGCUCGUCUCCAUGGAGUUCCUCACCGUGCUCGUCGCCGGUCCCAUGGCGGGAUACUGCGCUUGGCUCCUGGCAAAGGACGAUCCGACGUACUAUUAUUGGGUCACCGUGCUUAGUGCAGGCGAGAUCUAUGGCGGAUGGAUGACGUUUGCACCCGAAUGGCUGGCGGGAAGCGCACAGUUGGAUACGAGCAACUGGCUGCUCCUCUGGCUCUACCUCGUGUUUAUGAACGUCGUUUGGGUCGCACUGCCGCUCUGGCUCAUGCUCGACAGUUAUCUGUACAUUGCAGCAAGGCUCAGGACGGAGCCGGCGCGGGUGACCAGGUCCAAGUCAACAAAGCCACAGCGGACUAUGGUGGAUGCACUCACUUCGGCGCGCGGCUUGUCGGGGUCGGCGUACACACUGCUGCUGGUGGGCGUGUUUUUGUACAUGAUGCCCGCAUCCGUCAGUGCGUCCUCGACAUCGCAGCCCGGCGGAGGCAAAGCGGCGUACGACCCUGCAGCGACCACAGUGGUGUACGAGCGCGCCGACUCGCUGGUGGACACGCUCAAGUCGGUGCUUGUGCCCAUCUUUCUGCCGCUCUUCCUGAUCCUCUUUUCCGUCACGGUCGGCGCGGUGCAGGUGGUGGAUAGGGCGCUGCGCCGCGUGCGUCGCACCAACCGCACGCGCCGACGCAAGCUGCUCGCCGAACUGGGCAUCGACGAGAAGGCGGAGCUCGCAGCGGACCAGCCGGCGCGCACGAUCAUCGGCUUCUUCCAUCCGUACUGCAACGCGGGCGGGGGCGGCGAGCGCGUGCUGUACGAAGCGGUGGCGCUGCACCUCGCGCGCGACCCGCGCGCGGUGGUGGUCAUCUACACGGGCGAUUUCCCCGCGGCGUCCAAGCCGCAGAUCCUCGCCAAGGCGUCGGCGCGCUUCGGCAUCAGCCUCGACGCCGGCCGCGUGGCCAUGGUGCCCCUCAAGCGGCGCUGGAUGGUCGAGGAGGGUGCGUGGAAGAGCUGGACGCUGCUCGGGCAGAGUUACGGCUCGGUGUGGCUGGCGUUUGAGGCGCUCUCGCAGCUCGUGCCGGACGUGUAUGUGGACACGAUGGGCUAUGCGUUUUCGUAUGUGGCGCUCAAGCUCAUCGAUCGCAAAGUGCGCACGGGCGCCUACGUGCACUAUCCCAUCAUCAGCACCGACAUGCUGCGCCGCGUGAAGGACAGGCAGGCGGGCCAUACCAACGACGCCGCUACCGCCAACAGCAAGCUGCGCUCGCGCGUCAAGCUCGUCUACUACCGCGUGUUUGCGCGGCUGUACAGCUGGGCGCUGCGCCACGCGGAUGCGCUCGUCGCCAACGGCUCCUGGACCCAGGCCCACCUUAAGACGCUGCUCGGCCCCAAACACAACGUGCAUGUCGUCUAUCCUCCUUGCGAUACCGAGGAGCUGACCAAGUUUGCGCUCGAACCAAGGGCGGAGCCACGCACGAUUGUGAGUCUGGCGCAGUUUCGGCCGGAAAAGGAGCAUCCGACGCAGCUGCGCGUGCUCAAAGCGCUCUACGACCGCGAGCCGCAGCUGUUCUCGGGCGACGCGGCGGUGAAGCUCGUCAUGAUGGGUUCGUCGCGCAACGAGGCGGACGAGGCGCGCAUCGAGAUGCUGCGCGGUCUGGCGAAGCAGCUGGGUGUCGAUGCGCACGUGCAGUUUGUAGUCAAUGCCGACUAUCCGACGAUCCUCAGCCACCUCUCGCGCGCAGGCGUCGGCUUGAGCACCAUGAAGGACGAACACUUUGGCAUCAACGUCGUCGAAUUCAUGGCUGCCGGCCUGCUUACGCUCAGCCAUAGGUCGGCAGGACCCUGGCUGGACAUCGCCACGCCGUCCAUCAAUCUGCCUGCGCAGCCAAAUCAAGUUGGCAAGAUGGAGGGCGUGGGUUGGCAUGCACGCGACGUGGACGAGUACGCAGCGACACUGGCGCAAAUCAUGCACAUGCUCGAUGCAGACCCGCAGCGGAUACAGCGCAUUAGGGCAGAUGCGCGCACAAGAGCAAAGACCAUGUUCGGCAGAAAGGCGUUCGAGGACGCAUGGUUGCAGCAUCUGUGGUCCCCCCUGACCGCUGGCAAGGACAAGAGCAAGUCCGAGUAG